AUGGAAACGCAGAUUAUUUUCAAAUUGCAGUUGAUCAAUGAUUUUUCAUUAUGUGUACACCGGAAUCUGCUAGCUCAGUUGGUAGAGCACGAGACUCUUCAUCUCGUGGUCGUGGGUUCGGGCCUCAUGUUGGUCGCCACCGGAGGCCGAAUCAGCGUUUUCUCUAGAAAGAGAAGGUUAGCCGCGGAGACCACGUUGAAUCACCUUGAUGCCUCCAGCGAGACGUGCAUCGUUUUGAAGCUCGACGCAUUCCAGGUGGCAACUGGAGUAGCCUUGCAGCAGAUGAUUAAGGGCGAAACGCAGCUGCUCUCCUUUUACUCAAAAAAUUUCCCAGCUACAGAGGUGCGCCACAGCAGUCAAGCACUUCUGGCAGGUAUUGGAAGGACGCCGAUCACCAUUUUCACCGACCAUGCCUUUCGAGCCACCGACUAG